AUGCUACCAACUAUCAAGAUGCCUCAAAUGGGAGGAUAUGGUUUUCCUGGGAUCCUCAAACAAAGGAAGCAGCUAUGGAGUGGUUUAAAGAGUAUUGCAGCAGGAAUCAAAAAACCAUGGUUAUUAUCUGGGGACUUCAAUGCAGUGCUAUAUACAAAUGAUAGGAUGAUGGGCAAUCCUAUUACUUACACAGAAGUGCAGGACUUUGUUGAUUGUGUAACUACUCUGAAUUUGAAUGAACUAGCAUGGACAGGUGAUUACUACACUUGGUCUAACAAGCAAUCUGAUGCAGAAAGGAUCAGCAGCAGAAUUGACAGAGCCUUUGGUAAUUAUGAGUGGAUGAUGCAAUGGGGUCAUGUGGUCACUGAGUAUGGAUUGCCAUACAUAUCUGAUCAUAGUCCAAUGAAAGAGUAUGGAACCAAUCUAUACUAUGGGAAAAAUGAAGAACAUCUGGUAAAAUUGAAGGAACUAAGACCUUUGUUCAGGACUCUAAAUACUGAGCACUUUAGAACUAUCACUAUGAAGAUUGAGCAGUCCAGAAUAAGCUUAGAGGAGGUGCAGCAGAAGAUCAAUAUAGCAUACAAUGACUCUCUGAUUGAAGAAGAGAAAAGGUUGUUGCAGAAUUUAGAAAAAUGGUCUCUUAUUGAAGAAAGUGUAUUAAGGCAGAAAGCAAGAACUAAGUGGAUCAAACUGGGUGAUUCAAAUACAAAGUAUUUUGCAGCUGUUAUGAAGGAAAGAAGCUAG